CAUUAUAUUAAAUAAUACCACUACUGCUUAUUUUUUUUUUUUUCGUUUGACAACUGAGAAAAAAAAAAAUUGAAAAAAAAAUAUAUUUGAAAAAAAAAUAUAUAUAUAUAUAUACACUAGCCUCAUAAUAUGGAGAUUUUGGAACUUGUUCAUCAAGAGACUGCACCCAGUUUAGAAAGACCUUUCGAAUGUGCAUUCAAGGAAUGCAAAAAGACGUUUGGCAGACGUUCUGAUUUGGUUCGACAUUCUCGUAUUCAUACGAACGAAAGACCGUUUAAUUGUAGAGAACAGAGCUGUGGCAAAAGCUUUAUUCAGCGAUCAGCUUUGACUGUACAUAUGCGUACACACUCUGGCGAAAGACCACACGUGUGUGAAUUUCCUCUUUGCAACAAGAGUUUCAGUGAUAGCAGUUCUCUUGCUAGACAUAGAAGAACGCACACUGGUAAAAGACCUUAUCGAUGCCCUUUUGAGAACUGCUCAAAAAGUUUCGUUCGUAAAACCAUCCUUACCAAGCAUAUGAAGGGUGACCACGUAACCAAUGGCAGAAGACCCUCCGUACAAUGGCAACCAUUUAUAGAAGAGAGACGUAAAGUUAUGCUUGAACAGCAGCAACAACAACAACAACAACAACAGCAGCAGCAGCAGCAGCAACAGCAGCAGCAGCAGCAACAACAACAACAACAACAACAAAAUUGUGCUUGCACAGAAUGUUAUAGUAACUCUUCUCCACCUUACUGGUCACCCAACACACCUGGGUUGUCUGGUUAUGAAGAUGAUUCUUCUAGUACGAGUAGUCCAUCCUCUCCAUCCAGUGUUUCUUGGCCUUAUAGUGUAGCCAUUCCCUAUCAAUAUGCUCAACCAACACCACAACCCCCAUUAUGGAGCUCUAGUGUCUAUGAUCGCGACCAUGUCGUUUUACCCAGUUUAUCAAAUUUAUUGGUUCCCAGCAAACAAUUAUGGUCUCCUUUAACAGCAGCAACAGCAGCAACAACAACAACAACAAGAAGAGAUAGUGGCGUUUCAUUGUUUAAUCCUUGAACACGCACGCUCUAUUUCUAAUUAUGCACUUUCAUUAUUCCCAAAAUCGAUACCAACAACAACCAAAAAAAGAAAAAAAAAAAAGCAAGCCCUAAAAAAAAAAACAAAAAACAAUUCUAUGAUCAUCAUCUUCUAUUCUGAAUAGAAGCAGCUCUUCUCCUUGUAUGUUUAAAAAAAAAUUAUUCUAUGAUUUAUAUGAACUUUAUGCCCCCUCUCAUCAUCAUCCUCCUCGCCAUCCUCUCACCUACUCACCCCCUUUUUUUUCUCCCCUUGCUAAUUUUUUUUUUUUUAAACACAUA